AUGAGUGACAGUAAAUGUGAUAGUCAGUUUUACAGUGUGCAAGUGGCAGACUCAACUUUCACUGUCCUAAAGCGUUACCAGCAAUUGAAACCGAUUGGCUCGGGAGCCCAAGGAAUUGUUUGUGCUGCUUUUGAUACAGUUCUUGGGAUAAAUGUUGCAGUCAAGAAACUCAGCCGGCCUUUUCAAAAUCAAACGCAUGCAAAGAGAGCUUAUCGUGAACUCGUGCUCCUGAAAUGUGUCAAUCAUAAAAAUAUAAUUAGUUUGUUAAAUGUGUUUACACCACAAAAAACUCUAGAAGAAUUUCAAGAUGUGUAUUUAGUUAUGGAAUUAAUGGAUGCUAACUUAUGUCAGGUUAUUCAUAUGGAGUUGGACCAUGAGAGAAUGUCCUAUCUUCUUUACCAGAUGCUCUGUGGUAUUAAACACCUUCAUUCAGCCGGUAUCAUUCAUCGAGAUUUGAAACCUAGCAACAUCGUAGUAAAGUCAGACUGCACGCUUAAGAUCCUGGACUUCGGCCUAGCCCGGACAGCCUGCACCAACUUCAUGAUGACCCCCUAUGUGGUGACGCGGUAUUACCGGGCGCCGGAAGUCAUCCUGGGUAUGGGCUACAAGGAGAACGUUGAUAUCUGGUCAGUGGGUUGCAUCAUGGGCGAGCUGGUGAAAGGUUGUGUGAUAUUCCAAGGCACUGACCAUAUUGAUCAGUGGAAUAAAGUGAUUGAGCAGCUAGGAACACCGUCUGCAGAUUUCAUGAAGAAACUUCAGCCAACGGUGAGGAAUUAUGUAGAAAACCGACCAAAGUAUCCUGGAAUCAAAUUUGAAGAACUCUUUCCAGAUUGGAUAUUCCCAUCAGAAUCGGAACGAGAUAAAAUUAAAACAAGUCAAGCCAGAGAUCUGUUAUCCAAAAUGUUAGUGAUAGACCCUGACAAGCGAAUCUCUGUGGAUGAGGCUUUGCGUCACCCGUACAUUACUGUGUGGUAUGACCCCGCUGAAGCCGAAGCGCCACCACCUCAAAUUUAUGAUGCUCAGUUAGAAGAAAGAGAACAUGCGAUUGAAGAAUGGAAAGAGCUAAUUUACAAAGAAGUCAUGGACUGGGAAGAGAGAAGCAAGAACGGUGUUGUCAAAGACCAGCCUUCAGCACAGAUGCAGCAGUAA